AGCUACAUGCAGCUAGCACCAGGCUGAUAAGAUAGUAGUUACUAGACCCAUUCUUUACUUUUCAUAGGAACCAAGGCCCAUACACAGCGACUGUGCAUUACACAGAGUUACUCAUUCUUGAAAGAGACCCACUAUAAACGGGUUGUUUAUUAGUGCACCCUGGCUGCACUUAAACGUGCGUGCUUCCAUACCACUGACCGGGACUUGGACUUACAUUGAAACUACCGUGUACUCUUCUCUGCUAUAACCCAGUCCUGGUGCUUGAUUACCUGAUCCACGCUGUCCGUCUUCGACAUAGUUAACGAUAGGGAGUGAUUAAUAGUUCUUUGCGUGGCGCUGGAAAGUAACCCUAUUUUUAAGCGAUUCCACCAAUUCAUCGGGAUAUUAUCGUGGCCGCGUUGACAUGUCGUAUCCACUUGGUUAUCCAUAUCCAACGUCUUCUCAGAUACUCAUGUCAAGCGUGAGUCACAGCGGUACAUCGUGCUGCGAGAGUGGACGUCCGAUUAUGACCGACCCGCACACCGGACAGACUGUGUGUUCUUGUCAAUACGAUGCCAGUCGCGCUGCGAUCAUGCACUCAAGAGUAGCCGGCCUACCGCUAAUGUACGGUUCAAGCUACACAGCCGAACAAGGCUAUGUACCAACAUUUGGCACAGAUCCGUCAGCCUUUUACUCACCAUUGAACACCACGUACGAUCUAAAAGGCAGCGCCGAAGGAGGCUGGAGCGCUACACCAUACCAACCCACCGCUUGUUACCCAUACGAUCCAGCUUACCAAUACUACGGGGAUAGGUAUGGCGGCGUGGACAUUAACGGUGCUGCUAGGAGGAAAAACGCCACCCGCGAAACAACAAGCACUCUAAAAGCCUGGCUGUACGAACAUCGAAAAAACCCAUACCCAACGAAAGGAGAAAAAAUAAUGCUGGCUAUCAUCACGAAAAUGACCUUAACGCAAGUGUCCACGUGGUUUGCGAACGCUAGACGACGUCUUAAAAAAGAGAACAAAAUGACUUGGUCGCCGAGAAACCGAUGUGGGGACGAUAGAAAAUACGAUUCUGGCGACGAAGACGGCGACAAUGAAAACGACGAUGAUAAAAUCGAUAUUAAAGAUGACGAUGAAAUCCUCUCAGACAGGUUCGAUGGGCUAGAUACUGAUAAAGAAAUUGAUGAUAAAGAUAACAGCGAUGAUGAGGACCAAGAUCAUCUGGGAGGAAAGGCUGAAACCAGGCAUUCGUCGGCUAACGAAGAUUCGCUAAGUUUGUCCCCCUCACCGUUAUUGUCACAGAACAUUGGCACAAACAGUAGUUUGCUUACUCCAGCUACCUCAACAACUUCGCAACAACAGCAACCGCCGCAACCGCCAACGAUUAAGCCAAAAAUUUGGUCACUAGCAUCGUUAGCAGGUACAUCGUCAAGUCCAACUAGUCCAGAAAUGUCGCGAAGGUCUCCGUUAUUGUGUCACCAACCUUCAGCCAGUACCUUCCAUCAACCCCAUUUGAACACGGAACCCAAUGUGAGUUCUCUUCAACACUGGGUAGACGGGGUGUUCCAUCACCACCAUCAUCACCACCAUCAACAAUCACAUUUAACGUACAGUUCGACGAGUAGGACUUCUGCGGCAACGUCAGUGUUAUCGUACACGGCGCAAAAUUCAUUACUUGGAAAUGAACAUUCGGCGUUACGAUCGCCACCCGGAUCAAGUAACAUGAACGGUGACCAUUUGCCCCCUGGUGGACCGUGCCGGGACUUGGCCAUGAUUGCCCAUAACAGUGCGGAAGCUGCCAAAUACAGUGUUGCUGCUUUGCAUCCAAGUCGAGAUGAUGACUUGAGGGAGAAAUCAGUGGUGCAUCCAAAUGAUAGCGACGAACCCAUUAGAACAGCCUUCAAACCGGUAGCAAAGAGGAUAGGACUUAAUAUUGGCAUAAAUGGACAAUCGAUUCCACUGGAGUACGACGCAGCGAUGGCUCUUACGAAUCUUUCAUCGCGGUGACCUGACUAUACCAUCUACUCAAAACGCCGCUCCACCGAUUAAAUAAGCGACGAAACUGGGAAAAUACGCGAAAUGAAACGACUUUUUACUUAAGUAAGCUCACGCCGUUUAUUAUUAUUACCAUUAUUGAUGUCCUUGUCAUGGCAAACCAUUCGCGGUAUUGGGUUAUUUUUUUUUCUCUUUUCCAGUUUGGCACCCAGUGCAGUCUUGUAAAUUACUUUUUUUCUUCUUCCCGCCGUCAUAUGGGCGUACGGAUUUCAAGAGAGAUUUCUACUCAGUAGGCUAUCUUUAAAAAAAAAAAAAAACAACUCUGAACUUAUGAUAUGAGGUAUUGAACACAUAUCGCUCAUACCACCGACUAUAUCUGUUAGACAUUUUUCCCGUGACUUUUAAGCAAAAGUUGAAAUGGUAUGUAAGUUUUAUGUAAAGAAAAAAAACCUGUAAUAACGAACGAAGUGUUUUAUUUAUAAAUGUCUUUUGUAUGUAUAUAGAUUUGAGGCGAAGGCGAGGCCGCCGAUAGAUAAUCGCACAGUGUAUAACAACCAUCAUGCAUGGAUGUCAACUCAUUCUAAAGCAAAAACAAUAUUUUUUAUCAAAUUUGCCAAAAUAUUGAUGAAACUUGCUUAAAUAAGGGGGAUAUUUUAUUGUGAUUUUUUUAGAUAAUAUAUAGAAAAUUGAGGUUAUGAUUGUCUCUAUGAAUUUUAUUUUUAAACCGACUUGUUGAGUUGAGUUAUACCCAUCGGUUUUCAUUACACCGUCCCUUGUCUUGAUGACAAGUUUGACCUUUUUAUAGCCAGGUACUUUGUUCAAACUCAAUAAAAAGAAGAUGGAAUUUGGACUA